UGGGGCCUAGCAACCAGGGCUGCUCCAGGCUAACAGGAGAGGACUCUCACCCGGGGAGAGAGUGAGGGGAGAGGGAGAGAGUGCAGGGGAGACGCUGAGGAUCACGCGUCCUGUGACUCUCCCUUGUCCCCUGCUGUGCUCUGAACCACAGGUCACCAUGGCUACUUCCAAGUUGCCAGCCGUGCCUGGGGAGGAGAGCACCAUCCUCAUGGCCAAGGAGGAGCUGGAGGCCUUGCGCACAGCCUUCGAGUCUGGCGACAUUCCCCAGGCCGCCUCCCGCCUGCGAGAGCUGCUGGCCUCCUCCGAGAGCAUCCGGCUGGAGGUGGGCGUCACGGGCGAGUCGGGGGCCGGCAAGUCAUCCCUCAUCAAUGCCCUGCGAGGCCUGGGGGCCGAGGACCCUGGCGCAGCCCUCACCGGCGUCGUGGAGACCACCAUGCAGCCCUCGCCCUACCCGCACCCACAGUUUUCUGAUGUGAUGCUGUGGGACCUCCCAGGGGCCGGCUCUCCUGGCUGCCCGGCUGACAAGUACCUGAAGCAGGUGGACUUCAGCCGCUACGACUUCUUCCUGCUGGUGUCUCCCCGCCGCUGCGGGGCCGUGGAGACCCGCCUGGCCUCGGAGAUCCUGCGCCAGGGCAAGAAGUUCUAUUUCGUGCGUACCAAGGUGGACGAGGACCUGGCGGCCACUCGCAGCCAGCGGCCCUCGGGCUUCAGCGAGCCGGCUGUCCUGCACGAGAUCCGAGACCACUGUGCCGAGCGGCUGCGGGCCGUCGGUGUGUCCGAUCCCCGCAUCUUCCUCGUGUCCAACCUCUCGCCGUCCCGCUACGACUUCCCAGCGCUCGUGUCCACCUGGGAGCACGACCUGCCUGCCCACCGGCGCCACGCUGGGCUGCUGUCGCUGCCCGAUAUCUCGCUGGAGGCCCUGCAAAAGAAGAAGGACAUGCUGCAGGAGCAGGUGCUCAAGACGGCGCUGGUGUCCGGAGUCAUCCAGGCCCUGCCCGUGCCCGGGCUGGCGGCCGCCUACGACGACGCGCUGCUCAUCCGCUCGCUGCGCGGUUACCACCGCAGCUUCGGCCUGGAUGACGACUCACUGGCCAAGCUGGCCGAACAGGUGGGCAAGCAGGCAGGCGACCUGCGCUCGGUCAUUCGCUCCCCGCUGGCUAAUGAGGUCUCGCCAGAAACCGUCCUACGGCUCUACUCGCAGUCGUCCGAUGGCGCCAUGAGGGUGGCCCGCGCUUUCGAGAGGGGCAUCCCCGUGUUCGGCACGCUGGUGGCCGGGGGCAUCAGCUUCGGCACGGUCUACACCAUGCUCCAGGGUUGCCUCAAUGAGCUGGCUGAGGAUGCCCAGCGGGUCCGUAUCAAGGCUCUGGAGGAGGACGAGCCCCAGCCAGAGAUCAGCCUGGAGGCUGCUGGUGACAAUGGCGUGGAAAAACGGGGAUCUGGGGAGGGCGGCGGUGAGGAAGGUCAGCUCACCACCCGCCGGAAGCUUGGCCUCCUUCUCAAGUACGUGCUCGAGAGCUGGAAGAAACGCGACUUAACAGAAGAGAAAUAAACGUGCAGGCUGCCCCCACCUCGCCCACAAACCAAGCCUUUACUGAAACGCUAAACCAA